CCAGCCAAUCGCAGGGGGAGUUUCAGGUUUCUCCAGGUGAAGUCAGUGGUUCAACCUGAAGUCUGACGUCUGCUUACUCGUCUUUACGACUCUCUUUGUAACUGAAACUAUAUUAAACUAACACGUAGUCUUACAUUUAGUGAUGUAGGUAAAAAAAAAAAAAUUAAAAAAAGACGCGUUGACUCGACUCGUUUCUCACCUGAGGGAAGAGGAAGAGGGAAGCUGCGGCUCAUGGCUGUGAUUUUAUUUUCCUUCAUACUGGUGUGCUUCGGUUUGUGGGACACCACUUCACUCGCAGUAGAGUCUCUGUGCUCUGAAGCGCCAGAAUUUAAACCAAAUGAGGGUCCGAUCCAACUCUGGGGGAGUGUGGGAUCCAGUGCGACGCUGAACUGCACCGUUCUCCUCCGCCUGGACCCAUUAGAGGAGCCAUGUGACACCACGCUGCAGUGGAGUAAAGCCGGACUGCCCCUCACCAACCACACACUUUACUCGCUGAACACAUCAUCGUGGUCUCCUGGUAAAGGUCAGCUGAUGGUGAACAGUCUGUUAGUGAUCACCAUCAGAGAGGCAGAGGAUUUUGGGCUCUACAGCUGCACAGUGAGGAAUGUUUCCUCCGAGUUCAGCCUGCAGAACUCAAACAGCCCCAACCACACAGCCCCCGUUAUUGCAGCCAUCAUCCUCCUUCUCCUCUUGGGUGUAUGUGCUGUUGUGUACGUCAGGUGUCACCUGAACAUCAAACUCUGGUACAAGAACUCUUACGGAGAGUAUGAACAUAAUGAUGGGAAAUUAUACGAUGCCUAUAUCUCCUUCGUAAACAAUGACUACGACAGGAAGUUUGUCAACUUUAUUCUCAAGCCCCACCUGGAAAAUAAAAAUGGGUGCAAGGUGCACCUCAAUGACAACGAUAUCCUUCCAGGCGCCGAACCUUCUGCAGAGCUCUUAAUGAACGUGAGUCGCUCUCGUCGUCUCAUCGUGUUGCUCUCUCAUGCUUACCUUGAACAGGACUGGUGCUCCAAUAACUUCAGGCAGGGCCUUCUGCACUUGUUGGAGCUGUGUCCGAGACCCAUCCUCAUCAUGUUGGAGGGUCAGGCCAAACGCAUUAGGGCGGAGAUCAAGCAGCACCUCUCUGAGCACCAGCACUCCCUCACCUUACUCACCUGGAGACACAACUCUGUGACUCCUGCGUCAGUUUUCUGGAAGGAGCUAGCUUUAGCUAUGCCUCGCAAAGUCAUUUUCCACAGCGAGUCUGCAGGUGACCCUCAGACUGUGCUGCAGGAUGACAAGGACCCCAUGCUGACCCUUGACCCCGACUACCUGGACUGCCGCUCAGACACAGACCCUGCUGGAGACCUGGGGCUCCGCGUCCCUGUGUACAAGGCUAUGGUCUGUAGAGCUCCAGUCCUUCCUGCUGAACCCAUCACAGCAGCUGAGCCAAAACCUUCUGACAUCGACGUGUCUGACCUGGGAUCACGCAACUAUGGAGCCCGCUCCGACUUCUACUGCCUGGUCACUGAGGACGAUAUUUGAGCCACUCUCCUCUCAACACAGUGGGAUUUUUUACAUUCAUCUUAGUUGUGAACCUAAUUGUAUUCUUUGUACAGUGUUAUUGAAAUCAAAGUGUGCCAUUUUCUCUUUCCAACCACUGUUUAUUAAUGUAUUUUUUAAUUUGUUGUUGUUGGAUAAAAUAUUCUGAUUGAAAUCAUCUGUGACAUUAAAUUAAAAAAAGUGUGUAUAUAUACAUAUAUAUAUAGUGUACAUUUUGUACCGAUUCCACUUCAAGAGGGUUUGUUUGGCCUCCAGCAGAGGGCAGACUGACAAGACAGGAUGAGAUAAGGAAUGUGCUUUAUAAGCAGUUUGUCUUCAUUUGAUAGUUGACAACACACACAACAGAAAGGCACUGAAAGUGCAGCAGACACUCAUAACGUCAGACCUGAAACUCAAGUGCGUCAAACUAAAGCUGCGACACAUGUGACUGAAGCUCUCACCACUCUGUACACGUGAAAACUCUGUCUUUGAUGCAAAUCAAUAUCGUGGCCAACACACUAAUAAAAAUACCUGGCUAUUCCUCUUUGAAGUGCUGGGUAAUCUCUGUCCUCAUGGAGUAAUGAUUACCAGCAGGGUGCAGCUGGGAAGGUAUGGUAUUGUUCCUGUCUGAGCAGGAGCAAAUAUGUAAACAGGGAGUGGCCGACAGUUCCCCAAGUCAGUGUCAGCCUUUCACAGCGACAAAUACUGCAGCACACACGCAGACAAGAAAUGAACAGAAGGACAUUUAAUUUCCGAAUUUGACUCUUUAUUUGCUGCAAUCCAUCCGCUUGUAUACAACAUGAAAGAAAAAAAAAAGGCUUUAAACAACAACACAGAAACACAAGGUCAGCAUUUACGCCACACAGCAAGAACAUGUUACAAUCCAAAUGAGAUUUUUAAAGAAUCUUUUACAUAAAAAAUAUUUGAAAGAAUCACCGUAUCCUCUGGUCUAAUUCUGAAAGGUCAAAGACAAAUUUGUUGUUCAUUAACAGAAAAACAAAACAAAA